UGAUUCACAGGUGAGUUUAACAUAUUCAGCUUUAAUCAAAUGGUGAAACAAUGUUCUCCUCAAAUGCGUGUUUUGUUUCUACAUCUAGGGAAACAGGCGUUCAGAAUGGGUCCAGAAGUAAGAGCUGCCAUCAUAUUGAAUGCCUCAUUUGUUCGUCCUGCAAAGUUCUAUCUCAAUGGGUUCACCAACAUGCCUCAUGAAAAGUAUUACUAUGUGUUUUUGUGUUUUGUCUACAUCAUGACUGUUCUGGGGAAUGGCCUCCUUCUCACGGUCAUUUACCUGGUGGAGGCCCUGCAUACUCCUAAAUACAUGCUGGUGUUUAACCUGGCUUUCGCUGAUUUGUGUGGCAGCACUGCUCUCAUCCCGAAACUCUUAGAAACAUUCUUGUUUAACAAAAGGUACAUUGUCUAUGAGGCGUGUUUGAGUUAUAUGUUCUUUGUUUUAUUCUUUGCAAGCAUGCAGUCAUGGACGCUUGUCACAAUGGCCUAUGACAGAUUCAUUGCAAUUUGUUUUCCUUUAAGGUACCAUAGUAUUGUGACUAAACCAGCUAUUGGCUUAAUGCUUCUGUUUUCAUGGGUUUGUAUAGUGAGUAUUAUGGUGCCCAUUAUUAAGCUCUUUGAUCGCCUCUCAUUUUGUAGAUCUUUGGUGAUACAGACUUUUUUCUGUGAUCACUCCCCUGUUUAUCGUCUGGCUUGUAAUGACACCUCUAUAAAUAACAUUAUGGCAUAUGUUGCUUUUCUAGCAUUUAUUUGUAUUCCUUUUGUAUUGAUAGGCUUGACAUAUAUGUGUAUUUCAAUAGCACUGAGCAGGAUAGCAUCAGGACAGGAACGACUCAAAGCAUUCAAAACUUGUAGCUCUCAUCUGAUCCUUGUGGCAAUUUUCUACCUCCCAUUAUUUGGCUCCAACAUAGCGACAGUGACGACCAACCUUCAACCAAAUGUCCGAAUGAUUAACUCCUCUCUGACACACACCAUACCAGCUCUGCUCAACCCAAUUAUCUACUCUUUAAAGACAGAGGAAGUGCUGAGCUCUAUGAAGAAGCUUUUGAACAGAAAAAGAAUUACUAACACAACUAAGAAAUUGUGACCUCUUCAUCACUUCCAUAAUGUCUUGUUUAAGGAGUGUUUACUUUUUAUUCUAAACUCUUACAUAAGUGCUGUAAGUAUAUUUCAAGGAUUUAUUUUUUAAUCAUGUGCUGUUGCUGUAAAAAAAGGGGCAUGAUAUGCCUUGUAUUUCACGAGAGGUGAUUCUGUGCCAGUACAAUUGUUGUUGUUUCUGCGUUCCGUUUAUCAUACCAAUUAUUUUGGUCAAAUAUCCACUUCUUCAAUUUCAUUAAUUACUGUUUUACAUUUUUGAAAAUUGUACAAGAUGUUAUAAUGUCUGUCUUGAGAGUUGGAUCUCCCAGACCGACAUUUGACUGUGAACAGGCCCCUGUCUUGUCCAGUCCAAGUCCAUCAAUCCACUGGAACUUGAGGUCAACCUUUUAGAACUAAUUUGAUGUCAAUCCAUUGUUUUAGUUGAUAUUUGAGGAAAAAAGCCUAAUAUUAUACUGCUCCUGCUCCUUAUUUAUUUUGAAUGCUUUUCUUUGUCAUAUAUUAUAGUAAACUAAAUGUCCUUAGGUUUUGAGUUUUGGUUGAAUAAAACAAACUAUA